AUGGGCGAGAUCGGUACAAAUCUGCUCCUGCAGAGGAUACCUGAACAAGCCCGCGAACAAAGAAUGAUACGCGACUUAGCACUGGAGAACAAAUUCCGAAAGCUGCCCAAUCCAACGACGCCCAGAAAUGACAAACUGGUGCACAACCUGUCGUCAAAGGAGCUGACGAAGAAUCAGAUGCAGGUUUUAAGGCACAUAGCUUCAUUCAACACGACUGGCGCCAAAGCCGUUAACAUGAUUGCAGCAGUGGAAUCAAUCCUUAAUCAGACGGAGGCAACGGAGGAGACCAAGUCGCCUCUCCUAAUGGCCCACAGGCCGCGGGGCGACACCAUUUUCGCAGGUUGA